AUGCCGCACCAGUACGGCGCGGGCGCGGGCGGCAUGGCGCAGGGCCCACCUUCGCCGCCGCCGCAGCACGGCGCGCUGUACCCGCGUUACGCCAGCGCCGCGGGCCCCGGCGCCGGCGCCUACCGCCCGGAGGAGCGUCGACUCACGCGCGAGGCCAUGGAACGCUACCUGCGCGACCGCUCCGACAUGGUUGUAGUCAUCCUGCAUGCCAAAGUCGCCCAGAAGUCUUAUGGCAACGAGAAAAGGUUCUUCUGCCCGCCUCCCUGUAUUUACCUCUUUGGAGACGGCUGGCGGCUGCGACGCGAGCGCAUGCUCCGCGAGGGCGAAACCGAACAAGCAUCACAACUGUGCGCUUUCAUUGGUAUAGGCAACUCGGACCAGGAUAUGCAACAAUUAGACUUAAAUAACGGGAAGCAGUACUGCGCAGCUAAAACUUUGUACAUAUCAGACUCUGACAAAAGGAAGCAUUUCAUGCUCUCUGUCAAAAUGUUCUAUGAAGCCGACGAUCCUGUCUCUCAACUCCAUAAGUGUGCAUUCUACAUGAAAGACACUGAGAGAAUGUACCUUUGCCUUUCACAAGAACGAAUCAUCCAGUUUCAGGCAACACCAUGCCCCAAAGAGCCAAAUAAGGAAAUGAUCAAUGAUGGUGCUUGCUGGACUAUAAUAUCCACCGAUAAGGCUGAAUACCAAUUUUAUGAGGGCAUGGGACCUGUCAGGUCUCCGGUGACGCCCGUGCCAUUGGUGCACUCGCUCAACUUAAACGGUGGCGGCGACGUGGCGAUGCUAGAACUGGCCGGCGACAACUUCACGCCGUCCCUGCAAGUGUGGUUCGGCGACGUGGAAGCCGAGACGAUGUACCGUUGCGCCGAGUCGAUGCUCUGCGUGGUGCCCGACAUAUCGCAGUUCAGGGGCCAAUGGCUGUGGGUGCGGCAGCCCACGCAGGUGCCCGUCUCGCUGGUGCGCAACGACGGCAUAAUAUACGCGACCGGGCUGACGUUCACGUACACGCCGGAGCCGGGCCCGCGGCCCGUGUGCCCGCCCGUCGACGACGUGAUGCGCCCCGAGCCGCCGACGGCGUGGCAUCACGACGCCAUCGCGCACCGGCUGCCCGACGCCGCCCUCCAA